AAAAUCGGGUUCGGUCAAGUUCGGGUAUUGUCUGGAUAUUGUUAAACGGAUUUGGAACGGGUACGGAUAGUAAAAUUAAAAUACUAAACGGAUUUGGGAUGGGUUCGAAAAUUUUAUAUAUAAUCGGGUUCGGGUUUGGAUACUCUCAAUUUUACGGGUACCCUACCCGUUUACAUCCCUAAUAGAGUUAGGGCUGAAUCAAGAACAGUUUACAUCCCUAAUAGAGUUAGGGCUGAAUCAAGAAUUGUUUUAAGGAGAAAGACUACUGUAUUAGCUGAAUACAAGAGCUAUAGGAGAUACAAUUAUCAGGAGAUACUCCCGAAUCAGGUGGCAAUUGGAGUCAAUAAGCAACCGCUCCUAUCUUAGCCAAAAUCUGAAAUGGCCGGAAGUAUCUUGCUGCCAGUUUCUGAUUGAUCGUGCGAAUUAAUGAAUUUUGGGAAUGAGGCCUUAACUUCAGGAACACCAAGUCUCCUACAUUGUAGUUCACAUCCCUUUGGCGCUAGUUUGCAGACCUUAUCAUUCAUUGCUGAGAUUGUAAGAUAAUUGCCACAAUAAUUCAUCCCUAGUCAAUAAAUCUUGAGCAACUUUCUAAGUCUUAAUUUCUCCAGGAAGGAAUUGGAGUGUUGGUGGUUGACAUAGACCACUUCGAAUAGUGUUAUACUAGCAGCCAUAUGAUGGCUAGUAUUGUACUAAUACUCAGUUCAUGGAAGCCAUUCACACCAUCUAUUAGGUUGUUCUGAAGUAAAACACCUCAAAUAUAUCUCUAAUCCCCCUUAAAAACUUUUGUUUGGCCAUCUGUUUCAGGAUGGUAUGCAAUGCUAAUUCUCAAUUGUGUAUCCAGUUAUCAAGAUAGUCAAGUUAGUGAAGAGACUUAAAUUUGUUGAUAAGUUGAAUUAGUAGUUACUAUGUAACUUAUUCAGUUAGCUAGUUAGUUGAUGUUGACAUCAGCUAGACUCCACUUGUAUAUAUAAGCUAAUGAGCUGUAGAUGAAAUACACAGAUCUUUUUUCUCUCAUCCAAAACUAUGUCAGAGCCUCUUUUCUGAAAUCCUAACCAAUUUAUGAUGCAGUUAUUUUUUUUAAAACCCUAAGCAAUGGCUACAUCAUCUGCAGCUACUACUGCAGAAAAUUCCAUCGAUCGUUCUGUAAAUCCUCUCGAGGAUACCUCUUCAUCAUUUUACCUUCACCACUCCGAGAAUCACAGUUCUGUUAUUUUCACGCCGAAACUGACGUCAAGUAAUUUUCCUUGGAGGAGAUCAUUUCAGCUUGCAGUCUCCAUCAUAAACAAGCUUAGAUUUCUUGAUGGCACUACCUCGAAACCUUCUCCAACAGAUCCUCUGUAUUUUCCGUGGAUUUGGGACAAAUUACACCAAAGGUUCUCACAGUCUGACGAAUCUCGCAUUUGCCAUCUACGAAUCAAAUUUACUAGAUCAAAGGGAGGUGUUGGUAAUUCUGGAAAUUUCUCAAAGGUAGCAUCUGUGCAACAAAUCUCUAAUGUUGCUUCAUCUUCAAAUCUGAAACAAGCUCCUGUUAUAAUUUCAUCUUCUAAAAUUACUUCUCAUUUGCAACUCUUUAAGGAACAAGUACAGAGGUUGAUGAACUUACUCAGUGAUCAACAUGUAAAUCAAAAUCCUGCACCUAUUUCAGAUUCACAAAUCAACACUGCAGGAGACGAUUCAGCUUCUAAUAUAAAUAAUACGAGUGUUUAUGCGAUCUGAGUUUAUUUUAUUCUCAAUACAGGGUUGGACGUAAAGAGAAUCUGCUUUACAACCUAGAAAUUGAACGUACUGCUAAGAACUUGAGAAGAUAAGCAAAUACAGGGAAGCAAGACUCAAAAUCUUCUUCAUCUGCAACUAGUGAGGAGACAACAACAAUCCUAGACCCUGCUGUACAAUCAGCUGUAGAGGUGACAGGCCCUGCUAUAGCAAACACACCAGCUGUUGUACCAGAAGUACCCCACCGAAUACCUGCAGUGGGUAGACUAGAAUUAGUGGUAGUAGAAUUUGAAGUUGAACACAUUGAAGUAAGAGCUCCAAUGGCACAAGAUAGGACUCUUCGAGAACUUACAACCCCGUGGGUGAUCAAGCACCAUUGUGCAUCACAUACCCACCUUUGACAAUCCCUUUUGAGCUUAAAAUCGGACUAAUUCACCUCCUUCCAAAAUUCAGAGGUCUGAAAAAUGAGGAUCCAUAUAAGCACCUUAAAUAAUUUCACAUUGUGUGCUCAACAAUGAAGCCUCAAGGUAUAUCCAAAUAACAUGUUAAGCUAAUAGCCUUUCCCUUCUCCCUUGAUGAUUUUGCCAAAGACUGGUUGUUCUACUUGCCACCCGGUUCCAUUACCUCAUGGGCUGGGAUGGUGAGGGCUUCCUUGAAUAAAUACUUUCCAACUCAAAAGCCAUUGGCAUUAGGAGAGAAAUAAAUGGUAUCAAGCAAAAGGACUCUGAAGAACUAUGUGAAUACUGGGAAAGAUUCAAACGAUUAUGCACAAGCUGCCUUUAAUAUGACAUUUCUAACAAAUCCCUCAUUGAAUACUUCUGUGGAGGUUUGUUACCUUCAGAAAGGAGAAUGAUUGAUACAGCGUGUGCAGGAUCGAUUAAAAACAAGACACCUCAAGCCAUAAGAGAUCUAAUCUCCACCAUGGCAGCAGCCUCAAAACAAUAUGGAGAUGAAAAAGAAUCGCCUAUGAGAGUCAACGAGGUAAGUGCAUCUUCCUUAGCCUCACAGAUUGCUUAUUUAACAUCUGCCAUAUGAAGUUUGGCUGUAGGACAGGUCCAACAAACUCAUCAAGCUCAGCGAGUAAGACCCUGUGGGAUCUGUGCCACAGUAGGACACUUAACAAAUAUGUGUCCUUCUCUUCAAGAUGUUGAGCAGCAAGGAGGGUUCAAUGGCUAAAGUAGGUAUGACCCCUACUCCAACACAUACAAUCUAGGAUGGAGGGAUCACCCUAACUUCAGCUAUGAAAGGACCAACAAUUUUCAGAAUUUUCAGCACCAUUACCCUCAACAAGCACCUCCUCAAAAACAAGGUAUGCUUCUUGAAGAUAUUGUUAAAUCUCUUACAAAUUCUGUGCAAAAUUUGGAACAACAGAUAAGCCAAGUAGCCAUAUCAGUGAGUAGGCUGGAGUCACAAGGAAAAUUGUGUUCACAAACAGUGGUUAACCUAAAACAGAAUGUUGGGAGGGAAAAAGCACUUUUUUUAAGUGUGAAAUAUUUAUACCUUCUAAAUGGAGGGCGAAAUGUAUUCACAAAUGUUGUCCCUGUGAUUUAUUAUAUAUUUUUGUAUAUUUCAAAUAGCAAGGAGAGUGCUCUCCAUGAAAUAUUCCUUGCAUGUAUUGAAUUCCCAAACUCCAUUAUUUGAACGUCAAAAGGUUGGUGACUUUUUCAAGCAAGAUUAAAGUGCAGAAAGCUGAAUAAGUACUUCAAGGUAAGGGCAAAUCACUCUGAAAGCUAGAAAGAGUCUUAAUUGAACAAAUAAUAUGUG